AUGAAAGAAAAAAACAUUGAGAUAACUAUCAAAAAGAGGAGUAAAGUUUUUAAUGCAAGUUGGAAAGUUAUGCAAGCUUUAGUAAGAAUUAAUGAUAAUUUUAAUGCAACUCAUUCAUCAAAAAUGGAAGUUUUAUUUAAUACGGAUAAUAAGUUUUCAUUUUUAAUAGAAUCACAUAAAUUUAAUGCUGCUUAUAAUGAUGCUAUAAGUGACACGUCGUUUUUAUUUGACUCGUCGGCAGUUUUUGGUGAUGUUGAUUUCGGAUCUGGUAAAAAAAAGAUGAUGUUAAUGGAGCAAAUAAAUAAUUUAAUAAGUUUAGGACUUUUUAAAUAUGAUGAAAAGAUUAAAAAUGAGCUUGAUAACAUUCUUAAUAGUGAUUUUACGAUCCCUUGUAGUAAAUUUAUAGAACACGUUGAUCAAACUAUAACUAAUAACAGUUCUAUUAUUAAUAGUGAUAACUUGUUCAUCGUGCAGAUAUAA